CAAUUUAAUUUCACUACUACGCUCCCAAAAUUAUUGAAAAAAAGAAAAAAGAAAAAAAGAAAAACCUGAACAAAUCUUUCAAAUCCUUCUUCUUCAGAUCUAAAGAUAACAGUGAAUAAAACACCCUCUUUGAUUCUGUUUCUAAUUCUUCUUUCAUUCGCAGCAUUUUCAUUUUCCCCUAAUUUUUCCCCCAAUUGAAACCGGUUAUUGGAAAUCCCGAUGUCGGCUUCCACCGUGUCAAUCACGGCGGCGAACCCGGGGACGCGUCGACGACCUGUGGUCAUCACCGAGAAGAAAACCACCAGUAAUAUCGAACUCCUCGCUAACGACGUCACGGCUUCUCCAAAUGCCAUCGCUUCUGCCACCGGUGACGGCAAGACUCCGUCUACCCUCGGUAACGGUCGAGACUUGAGCCAUCACUCGAUCCGCGGCGAGGCUGUUCUUUCCAAGGAUUUGACGCCAGCAUCAAAGAGGAUUACUGGCGGGGAUUCUGCUGCCGUUACGCCGCGGCGGUUGCGGAAGACCGUUGGAAAAUCCGACAAACAGCGGUGGGUUACCGUGGCCAGGAUCUUUGCGAAGAAUUUUGUGCUAUUGGCGAUGCUUGCUGGUUUGGUUCAGUUGAUUAGGUGGUUUGCGUUGAAAUCCGGUGAAGGAGUUGUCGGUGGGUACACUGGGUUGUCGGAAUAUGAGGACCGGAUUUCGGAAAUGGAGGGUUUGUUAAAGAAGACGACGAAGAUGAUUCAGGUACAGGUGGAUGUGGUGGAUACGAAGGUUGGAGGGUUAAGGAAGGAAAUGGAUGCGAAAAUUGAGCAACAAGGUGCAUUCUUGGAGAAUGAGUUGAAGAAAUUGGUGACAAAGAGUGAGAAAUUGGAGAGAUAUUUGGAUGAGUUGAAAGUAGAGGAUUUGUUAACAAAGGAGGAGUUUGAGAAAUUUGUUGAGGGUUUGAGCAAGGGGAAGGGGAAUAGUUAUGAAGGUGCUGGUUUGGAUGAGAUAAGGGAAUAUGCAAGAGGUGUGGUUGAGACGGAGAUUGAGAAGCAUGCUGCAGAUGGGCUUGGGAGAGUGGAUUAUGCCCUUGCAAACGGUGGAGCCGCAGUUGUGAGGCAUUCGGAUCCCUAUGAUAUGCGGAGGGGAAAACUGUUCUCGUUGUCUCCUGGAAAUGGUGUUCAUCCCAAUGCUGAUAAGAUGUUGAAGCCGAGUUUUGGGGAGCCCGGACAGUGUUUUCCGUUGAAAGGCAGCAGCGGGUUUGUUCAGAUUAAGUUGCGAGCUGAAAUUAUUCCUGAGGCUAUUACCUUGGAACAUGUAGCAAAGAGUGUUGCAUAUGAUAGAUCUAGUGCUCCUAAGGACUGUAGGAUCUCUGGUUGGCUGCAGGGGCGAAAUACUGAUUCUCUAAUUGAUACUGAAAAGAUGUUUCUUCUGGCAGAGUUUACAUAUGAUCUUGAGAAGAGCAAUGCUCAAACUUUUAAUGUGUUGAGUUCAGCAGGUUCUGGAGUUAUUGACACAAUAAGGUUUGAUUUCACGUCAAAUCAUGGAAGUCCUUCACACACCUGUAUAUAUCGCUUGAGAGUUCACGGUCACGAAUCUGACUCAGUUUCUAUGAUGGCAAUUGAGUCAUAAAUGUAUCAUUUGUUUGUUUGAAAGUAAUUCAUCUGUGUAAUUGUUCAGUAUUAUUUGUUUAGAUGUAGGUAGGAAUCCAUGGACUAAAUAUACUAGAUGCAGUCAGUAAUGUCGUUGUUUGUGUAUUUAACUUCUUAUUGCUGCUUCAAAUGGAUUAUGUAUUUAGUGUAUGAUUUCUGAAUUAGGAAGAUGAUAGAUUUCACACUUUUGGGUUA